UUGGCCAACACAUUAGCAGCUGUCACUGAGGAUGCAUUGGAGUGUUUUAAGCAGUUUGUGUGUUUGACGCUUUUGGAUAUGGAAGUUUUGCAAAAUGCCGAGGGAGAAACAAAUAAGUAUAAGCCGGGGGGUCGACUAGACAUGAGUCAUGGUUUCCUGCACCAUAUCCGGAGAAAUCAGAUUGCUAGGGAUGAUUAUGACCGGGAGGUUAAACAGGCCAAAGAGCAGCAGAAGCGCAGACACACGGCGGCACCGCGGCGACCCCGCAGACCGGACCGGGAGGUUUAUCAUCCCCGCCAUCGCAGUGAAUCUGAGGCUGGUGCAGAGGUGGAGGAGUGGAACGAGAGCGGCUCGAGCACGGAGCAGGAGAACACGGGUACCGAACUCUUCUGGCUCGACUACCAGGCUGACAGCGGACAUGUUACUUCGUUCCUCGUCUAUAAGGAGGAUGAGCCUGAAAGUGUAGUAGAGCGAGUGGAGCAGAAGAAUGUUCUGGAUGCUGCUAUUAAGGCGGCGCUGUUAGCGCGAAUCACCCAAGAAAUGGAUAAGCGGCGAGAUAAACGCUGAAGUUCGGAAAAGAAACCGAUGAUGGAUGACCUCAUACAACGAUAAUGACUGUUGUAAUAUGUGAUACACACAUAUACACACACAUAAUCUACAAGAGCACGGAACGCAUCAGUGCAGAUGUUCUUCCAUUAUGUGCACAGAAAUGAAGAGACGCUUUCUACAAUACAGAAAUAUUCUCAUCAGAUGUUUUUAUCUGCUUGUGAGGAUGGCAGAGGAGAUGGGAUGUUCGCAGGAAGCAGAAUGAACUAUCAGAUCUCAUCCGUUUACAUCCAGAGUUUCAUCUCGUGCAGUUUUCCAUGUUGUUUGAAGAUCUGUUGUAUAAAAUAUUAUGCAGUCUAUUAGUGGCAGAACAUGUCAGAAACGAAUAGUUAGUUCGACCCGCUACGUCAUCUUGUGCUUUCUUUUAUUAGCGAAAACAUCUCUAUAUAUAUAUAAAACCAACAGUGUGGUUCAGGUUGAAGAUGUGUAGAUCAAGUGAACUGAACAGGUGUCCUAAUGUUUUAUUUAUGAUGGUCCUAUACUUUUUUUUUCAAAAAAAGAAGCCUUUUUUUGAGGUCUUACAGAUUUCUUUUCACCAAGAAUGAUUUAGAACAUUGAACUGUACAGCAUUUUAUUUAUGUUCUUCAGCUACAUUUCUUUGGGUUGUUAAAGAGAUUUUUUUAUUCUUGUAAAUGUGUUUUCUGUGUUGAAGCAUAUAAAGAAUGCCCACACCGCAGAC